CAUUUUUUGGGGAGUUUAUACCAUGUAUACUUUGUGUCAAUCAUGUACGCAUUUUUCAAGAAACUAAUAUAGAAGAAAAAUAUCGAAAUUAAUUUUUCAAAGAAAUUAAUAUAGAGGUCACAUCAAAUGGGCACUUUAUUAGGACAAGAUCUGAGGUGCCCGUAAUUAAUGCGACACUUUUGGCCGCCCGCACAAAACUCGGCCGGCCUUGACCAUAACUUCAGCUUCAAAUCUGGCAAGCUUCGAUUCUUCCACCAAUUGCAGCUUGAAGGCCGGGUGGCUGGCUGGGUUUACUACCUGCUUCGAUCAACCAUAUUCCUUUAAUUUCCAAAGUCGAUCGUGAUGAGGAUCUUCAGGGAAAAUGGCAAAAGAACAACUGGAAUGGAGCAGCUUGUUGUUGGAAUUAUUACUGGAGCUGCUUUAGGAUUCUUUCUUGGAGUUUCACGCCAAGCUUUAUUAACAUCAAAUAUGAAAAAGGAUUCAAUGGGUGCUGCUGAUAACAAAUGUUUGCCAGACCAAGGCGCAAGCACCACACAAAACCAAGACCUUACCAAUUCUACAACGAUUUGGGUGGCAACAAAUCCAAAAGGAGCGGAGAGAUUAGCUCCCGGCAUUGUUGUGUCGGACUCAGAUUUUUAUCUCCGACGGUUAUGGGGAAAUCCGUUGCAGGAUCUAAUUACUAAACCCAAGUAUUUGGUAGCAUUUACGGUCAGCUACAACCAGAAGAAGAUCAUUGAUGCUGCAGUGAAAAAAUUUUCAGAUAACUUUACAAUUCUUCUAUUUCACUAUGAUGGUCGAACGUCUGAGUGGGAUGAAUUCGAGUGGUCCAAGAAGGCCAUCCAUGUUACCGUUUAUCAACAGACUAAAUGGUGGUAUGCAAAAAGAUUUCUACAUCCAAACAUUGUUGCACCAUAUGAAUAUAUAUUUAUAUGGGAUGAAGAUUUAGGAGUGGAGCAUUUUGACGCUGAAGAAUACAUUAAACUUGUGAGAAAACAUGGAUUGGAAAUUUCACAACCUGCAUUGGUACCCAAAGAGGGAGUGUGGAUAAUAUAUAACAUAACAAGGCAGAUAAACGGCAUGGAAGUUCACAAAGAAAUAAAUGAGAGAAGAGGUGAUCAGUUCCAAAACACUCGGCAACCUAUAGAUGCGGCGUUUAUUGAGAUAAUGGCACCUGUCUUUUCUCGGAGUGCAUGGCAAUGUGUGUGGUAUAUGAUUCAGAAUGACUUAGUGCACGGUUGGGGAUUUGACUCCAAUUUUCGAAGAUGUGUAACGACACCAGAUAUUGAGAAGAUGGGAGUCGUUGAUGCUCAACCAAUUGUUCACCAAGGCAUACCUUCCCUUUCGGGCGCCAUGGGAAAUGGGAAUUCUACAAGAAACGAUGUGAGAGAAAGAGGUCAAAGAGAGGCACAAAUGUUUUAUAUCAGGAUGGACAAUGCAGAAAAGGCAUAUUAUAGAUCAGUUAGAGUUAAUAAUUGCACUACAUAAUUCUAUAAUUUUCUUCGUUUGAAUUUUGCAUUGGAUUUCAAGAAGCCAUUUUAAUUAGUGUGCACUCCCAUGUUCGCCUAAAACUUAUUGAGGUGUGAUGUUGGAAUAAUUAUUGAAAUGGGGAUCCUAAAUCACUACCUUUCUCAUGAGGCAUAAUUUCAAAAGAAGAGUUAAAUGAACUUCGAGGCAAUGACAUCAA